AAUCUCGACGCUGCUCGUCUGAAGGGCUAGAAUUUGUGUCUUGGUGUGAUCUGGGCCAUGUCGGACCGACCCUGUGGCCCACCGAUUCCGAAACGCCAGCCGGAGACGGCUGCGGCGACGUGCGGCCCGCACAUCCGGCGCCCUGGCUCUGCGCAGCCGCGCGCAUCCGUGCCGGCGCGGGAAACCGGGCCACCGAUCCCCGCGCGCGCGAGCGCUGCCGACGCCGGGCCCUGUGGACCACCGAUUCCCGCGCGCGCGAGCGCUGCCGAGCAAGUGUCGGUCGUCCCGCAGCGCGCCGCGUCCGCAACGACGCUAACGCGCGCGAGGGCCGCCAAGGCCGACGCCGCCGCCGCGCUCAAAAAAAUGCCGAAGCGGUCCGCCCUCUUCAGCAAGACGCUGAUGCAAGCUCAGAAGACGAGGGACGGCCGGACGUGCUCCUGGUGUAAAUUGGUCGGCAAGCGCAAUUUAGACAAUGUGACGCUGGCCCCCUGCGGGCCCUGCCUGCGGCGGCGCGGCGUUUCUGUCCUUUAUUGUUCUAGAAAAUGCCAGCGCGAGGCGUGGCAGACGCACAAACCAAUUUGUGCCGCGACGCCCUGGUCCCUCGCGCAGCACCGCUUCCAUGGAAAGGGCCAGCGGGACUAUGUCAGACGCCUCGUGCAGGACCACCUCAUCCACACGCUCGCGUGGAAGCGCGAGCCGUCGCACGCUUCAGUACUACUCACGGGCCGCAUCCUGCCCUACCUGCUCUCCUAUUCACCGCCGCCGCCGGGCUGGUCGCGGCACUGGUCGCCGGCCGUCCGACGGUACGCGCUGUCGCUGACCCUGGUCUGGGCGCGGACGCUGGCCUACGAGCGCGAAUCGGCGAACGCGCGCGGCGUCUGGCGCGACCACGUGUUGCCCUUUCUGCUGGACGCGUCGACGGUCGUGCCGGAGGGGUGGUAG